AUGAGGGGUGACAUUCCCAUUGGUAUUGGCAACUUGAGCAGCCUGGUAAUGUUAUCCAUGAGAGGCAAUCAAUUGAGUGGAUCAAUUCCAGCUUCACUGAGAAGACUAGGGAAUCUCCAAGCUUUGUUCUUGACUGAUAACAAGUUGCGAGGGUACAUCCCAUAUCAACUAUGUCAAUUAGAUAACCUAGCUUACUUAUUUUUGAGUAGUAAUCAGCUCUAUGGUUCUAUACCUUCUUGCUUGGGAAAUCUAACCGCAUCUCUAAGAUAUCUAUCAUUGGCGUCCAAUUCGUUGAGUUCCACAAUACCAUCUACCUUUUGGAGACUUGCCUAUAUCUUGUACGUAAACUUAUCAUCCAAUUAUCUAAUUGGACAUCUCUCACAAGAUAUUGGAAACUUGAAGGUCGUGACAGAGGUAGAUUUAUCAAAUAACAAUUUAUCUGGUAUCCUACCAAGCACUAUUGGGGGUCUUCGGGAUUUGGUUAAUCUACCCCUAGCAAAUAAUAAUUUGGAAGGCCAUAUUCCAAGUUCAUUUGACGGGUUGCUAAGCCUGCAACUCUUGGAUUUGUCCAGAAACAAUCUGUCUGGAGUGAUUCCCAAGUCUUUAGAAGCUCUGUUACUUCUCAAGUAUAUGGAUGUGUCUUUCAACAGGCUCCAAGGAGAAAUUCCAACUGGUGGACCGAAAAGGAAUGUGGAAGUUGCAGAAGAGGCUACCUCGUUGCCUCAACUUCUUUGGAGAAGAGUUUCACAUGUAGAACUUCUAAGGGGCACAAAUGGAUUUAAUGAAAACAACCUACUUGGAAGUGGGGGUUUUGGUUCAGUAUAUAAAGGAACACUUUCAGAUGGAAUAGAUGUUGCAGUAAAGGUUUUCAGUUUACAGAUAGAAGGGGUUUUCAAAAGUUUUGAUAGGGAAUGUGAAAUGCUAAGCAAUAUUCGUCAUCGAAACCUUAUCAAAAUAAUCAGCUGUUGCAGUGAAAUUGAUUUCAAAGCCUUGGUACUCGACUACAUGCCUAAUGGGAGCCUCGAGAAGUGGUUGUACUCUCAAAAUUCUCUGAAUAUCUUACAGAGGUUGAACGUAAUGAUAGAUGCUGCAUCUGCACUGGAAUACCUACACCAUGGUUAUUCAAUACCUAUUGUGCACUGUGAUAUGAAGCCAAGCAAUAUACUACUGGAUGAUGAUAUGGUUGCACAUGUUGCUGAUUUUGGAAUUGCAAAACUCUUGGAUGGAGGAGAUUCUAUUACCCAAACCAUGACUCUAGCCACUAUUGGGUAUAUGGCUCCAGAGUAUGGAUUGGAAGGAAUGGUUUCAACAAGAGGGGAUGUGUACAGUUUCGGAAUUCUAGUGAUGGAAACAUUCACAAGAAGGAAGCCAACAGAUGAGAUGUUUGGUGGGGAAAUGAAUAUAAAGCAAUGGAUUGCAAAGUCACUAGUAUUACCAGAUGCAAAGAUAGAUGAAGUUGUGGAUGCCAAUUUGCUUGGGAUUGGGACAGAGCAGGAAGAUGAUGAUCAUGUGAGGAAGAGGGAUUGCAUGUCAGCUAUUAUGAGAUUAGCUCUUACUUGCUGUGCAGAAUCACCAGAAGGGAGGAUAAGUAUGAAAGAAGUUGUAGCCACACUCAACAAAAUCAAGACAAAGUUUUUGAAGGACGCUGCUGCAGGAAGAAGAGGUGUGCUGUUAAACCGUCCUCUUGUUCAGCAACGCUUCAAUUAAUGGGUCCUAUCCUAUGACAUGUAUUUCAUGCACUUUGAUUUGAUUCAAUUUCAGUCUUUAAUUUAGACAAUUUAAAGGAAGGCAUGCUGUUUUAUUUCAAACUGAUUAUAUGGUGGAGUGUGUAGACUUAUUAUAUAAUA